CGAUAUUUGUAGUCCACCCCUCGCGAAAACUGUUGGGCAUGUCGGUGUCUGGCGGAAAACCCCCCAAAAUCGGCCACAGCGACUGUCUGUCCUACCUGCAGAGCCUGGGAGAUGUCCUGCCGGAGGACGCCGCCCUGCAGCUGGCCCACCGAAUCCGGGCGGAGGAGGAGGAGGCGGAGGCUAUGCAGGGAGACACGUGCGGCGGCGCCAACCAAGCCGCCCUGAACGUCAGCUUCCGUGUGUACUACCACAUAGUGCACAAGUAUGAUCUGGAGGACACGCACUUCAGGGAUCUUCCCGAGAGGUUGUCUUGCGAACGGCCUAGUGCUUUUCUCAUGCUCCAGUCCGUGCUGCUCACUGACCACUGGAAGCAACUGGAUGCUGACCGACUAGAGGACAAGUGCACGACUGCCAUAAUCGAGGCGCUGAGAAGGAACAGCCCCAGCUUGAUGGCCGUGCUCAAGGCGACCAAUCUCUUGGUGAAGAAGUUUCCCCGAUUAGAGCUUCUGACUCUGCGAUUGGAGCAUUUCUACCACUGCCUGCAGCGCCAAAACCAAACAGGAUCCCGGGAGGAAGCGCUGACCCUGUACAAUCACUGCUGCAAGCAGCAGGAACGAGCCUUUUCCUACUUCCGGUUGAUCAGCGAGUUCUGGCCAUGGACGAAUCGCAACAAGUACUACCUGCUCAGCGGCAUCCUCAACUCGCACCCGUUGCCCGAGCUCCUGGCAACCACUAAUCAGAGUGAGGCGGAGUUUUUCAACGGUCUGCGCCUCAGCCUGAGCUACAAGGGUUUGAGAGCAGCCAGCCAGUAUCCGGUGAAGAGCCUGAGCAACCAGCGUUCCCCAGCCCUACUCGCAGCCAGUGUGGAGCUGUUGGUGAGCGGCAGCGUUGCCGAGAUCCAGAACUUCCAUUCGCAAUGGUUUCUCCGCAUCCAGCAGCGUGAUGUGUUGUUCGAGCUGCUCCAGGCCAACCCGCAGAUCGUCGAGUUUUUGGCCUGCUCCGAGGAGGUGAGAUCGCCGCCGGAUCAGUUGCGCCUUAUCCUGAUCUUCAGCAUGUUCGCGAAGGAGAUCUAUACCGCCUCCAAGCUUCAUUUCUUCAAGAUCAGCACUGAGCUGCUGACAAACUGCAGUCAAUUGGAAACCGAGGCCCAGCUGCUAGUGUUUCGCUUUCUGGUCGACAACCUGGCCAACUUUGCGGUCGAGGACUGUCUGGAGUUCUUUCACAGCUUCAUCGAUCGACAUCGCGGCGUCGAGAGUUCGGAGUUUCGGAACACGAUGCUGGGCAAGAUGCCUACGAUCAUCAACCACACGGCCAAGCAUUUUCACAGGGCGCUCAAGACAGGAGGCAAUGGCCUGUCGGUGAACAUCCAGCGGUUCUUCUCGCACUUGCAGGAACUUAUCGAGCGCGACAUCAAAAGCGAGGUCUACCAGCCCAAGAUCUUUGCCCUCAAGUUGCUGGAGAUUUUGAACAGGUCUUUGUACGCCGAAAACGUAGCGAAGAAUGCCAAGAUGUGCAGCACCCAGCAGAACCAACGAAUGGGCGCGUUCCUUUUGGAUCUUGGCGUCUUCCGGCCCCAGGUGGUGGCCAAGCAGCUGUUUGACUCUCUUAACGAUCCCCAGGGCUUCGACGAUGCCUUGGAGUUGACGGUCUCCCUGUUGAUUCAGUUGGGGCAGGUGGAUAGCGUGCUGUGUGUGGAGCGCUGCCUCAGCCUGUGUGUCACCUCCGACGUGGAUGAAUGUUCACUGGUGUCCCUCUAUGCUCAGUUGGCCGUGGUAAAUGAGGAUUCAGGCAAAAAAUUGUUUUACGAAUGUCUAAAGAGGUUAAAGGAAAAAGAGCAAUCAUAUAUGGAGGAUCCUCUGCUGGCGGCCAAGGCUGGAGGGCAUCUCUUUGGCUACCUCCGUGGACUAGACGAGGUGGUGCGGGCAGGAGUCCCUGGAGUGGAGACGCCUCUGGAGGACUUGCUGCCCUUGCUGGAGCGCAUUCUUAGUGGCAUCUUGAAGUUUCUCAAUUUGGCCAAUGCCCGACGGCAGGAUGAUAAGGCUGCCACCGCAGCCAGCUUCCAGGACAUGGACGAAAGUCUGCAUUUGCUAGUCAGCGAGAGUUCUUUUAACUUCGGAGAAGGUUCAGAGGCGUGCCGGAAGUAUUUGCUGAUGAGUUUCUGGCUAACUUUAAAGGGCUGUUGUGAUCUAGCCACCAGCAUUGGCUGUUCCCUGCUUCAAGCUACUACUGCCACUGCGAAAACGGAGGCCCUACGCCGCUGCCUGGGCAUCAACGUGUCGGUAUUGACGCUAUGCAGGCACAAGGGUGCUAUUGAGGCUGCUGGCCUUAGCAUAGGCAGGCUCACCCGUGGAAUUACCAGCAGUUUGGAGGGCAACGAUGCCGGCUUCCAGAUGCUCCACGAUUGCCUGGAGCGAGAGCUGCUGACAGAGAGCCGGCAGGUGAGCACUACGAGGCGUGGAGCUGGCUUUGCCAUUAUGUUCCUACACGUCCUCAAGAACGACAAUCCGCGGCAGCGUUUGAUCCUGCACCGCGCAGUGCAGCAAAUACUCAAGAGGCUAAACGAUGUGCGUCCGAAUACGCCCCUGGAAAGCAGUAAUCACGAUCGCUGGGAGGCCCUGGUGCUGCACUAUCUCUGCGUUUUGGUACGCGACACGGAACUAAGGCCGGCGAUGAGCAAGUACUACAAUGAGAUUCUCUUGAUGGCCAUGGAGCACAUCGACAACGCCGAGUGGACCAUCUCAAACGCGGCGCUUCAGCUGUUUGGCGCCAGUCUAGGCAAGCUGGUCGGUCAGCGACAGGCCACGGAGUUUGAGACGCGUCCCAAGUGGGAACCCAGCGAAUUGGACUACGAUGAGCUGGGCUGCCUCUUGCCCAAAGCCUGCGAACACAUGCUGGAAUGCUGUGACCGUCAGGAGGUUACCUCAUCGAUUAUCCUGUUCCUGGCCUUUCUCUCCAAGGUGGAGCACCUGCGCACCUCGGACGGCAGAGAUCCUAGUCCCUUGUUACUUCGUUUUCGUCGCCUAAGCUGGCGGCUGCUCCGCCAUAAAUGUGACCAAGUGCGUCAAUUGGCCGCCACCUGCUUUGUUCGCUCGCACGAGUUUCGCUGCGAUCUGCCAGCGGUGCUGCUGGCCAGCGCCAAGCUGGCAGUCCGUCUCGACGAGGAGAACUUUUACGAGGGACUGAUCUACGCCCUGACAUCGGGUGUGCAGAAGCUCCGUCACGAAGCACGGCAUGUUUGGGGCGAGGAACGUCUGGCGAGGUUCUUCGCGGAGCUACUAACAUCACUGGAUGUGACAGAGGAGCGAGUGAGUCGCUUCAAACCAUACACCCGAAACGUGCUAAAGGAACUGCUAAAGAUGCUGGGUGGUGCCGAUAAGGCCUCCCUGGCGGAGACACUUGACUCACAUUAGCAAAAUGUAGUUUUUAUCUAAUCUAACCUAGAAUUAAGCCAAAAAUGUAGCAGUCUUUCAGCUUUUACAACUA